AUACCACUCGUUCCGGCUUGUACUCGAAUCUUUUCGAUUUUGACAUCGUCAACCAAAAUCUCUCUCAUACCAAUCAUUGCGUCGAACACUAUCCCAUAACUACCAGCACAUUUACCGGUCUCUAUUGAUGGCGACCCCUCAGUCACAAAUAGCGGCACAACCCCGUUCCGCCAACGACGACGCUGAUACAUCAUCAUUUUUUGAGGAUGACGAGAGGCCAACAUGGAGGAAGAAGGCGGGUCGAUUUGUGAAGGUUUUGAAAAGGACGAAGAAUCAGGCUAGACGUACAGAUGCUACGGAUAUGACUAUGAGCGUGGGUGGUAGCCCCCCUUCAGGAGUACCCUCAGCACCAGAUGUUGGAGAUAACAACAACGAUGGUGCUCCAUCUGCAUCGUCAAGUUCACCACCCACACAGCGACGGAGGAGGUAUAUAAAUGGCUGGGUUCGAUAUCCGGGGAAGAAUUCAUCGAAUCCGUCAUCCAUAACAGCACCCCCCAGCAAAAUCAAGGAUGCUUACCGAAUAGCCAUAAAGGACAAAUUUGUCCGCAAACACCUCGUCGUCUGCGCCGUAUCCGGAUUGCUGCUUCUCAUGAUGAUCUCUCUCUACCUCGUCUACGCCAUAAACUUCACCACCAUCGACGGACAAACAUAUCACAUAUUCUUCAUACUACUCAUCAUGAUCUUGGCCAUGGUAUUCUGUCACUCAUUUGCUCGGACGUGUCUACUCGCUACCAAGAUUGCGAGGUACGGCUCUACUGGUCUCCAUCGUAUACCUAGCGUCGUAGGUCCGUUGGGGUACGCACAGCCAGCGCAACCAAUUCACGUCGUUCUUGCGCGGGAUGAGGAGAUUGUCAUCGAAGGUGCAGCAGCGGAUGCAAAUAAUAAUAAUCCUUCUGCUGUGACGGGGACAAAACUCACUCCGCCGCCGCCAGCGUAUGGUCUCUGGCGUAGUAGUGUGCGCAUAAACCCAAAUCUCCUUUACUGGCAACGAGUCGAAUCAGCGCCAAAACCAGAAACCUCUCCUCAAGCAAAUAAUAGCCAAACAUCGACAUCGAAUAGUGAAUCAUCAUCGUCGUCGUCGUCAUCAACAUCUACAGCAGCGACGACAACGGCAACGACAUCUACUACAACAGAAUCAAAUCAACCUCGUCCACCAAGUUAUGCCUCUGACGAUGGAGUCGGGUAUGUUGUCCAUGCACAGCCGAGAAUUACCAUAUCUCAUUAUUCGCCUCCACCGGCGAAACAUGGAUAGUUCUAUAUAGCCAGUAAGGGUAGAUCCCUGAAGAAUUGAAGUGUUUAUGAGAGUGAUCAAGUAUCGCUGAUUUUAUAUCGACUGGGGCAUUUCUGCAUUGUGAAGAAUAUGGGCUUGCAUACUCUGUCAGAGGGAAUUGUAAUGGAGGCUGUCUAGGUGGGUAUUUUCAGGGCGUCAAAGAUAAUAAAUUGAAAUAAGUGCACAUGUCACUCUCUUC